GACCGCCUCCGCAGUUUGCUUCUUUUCAUUCCACCACCCAUCCUACUGACUUGGACCAGCUCUCCGGCUUUCUGGUCAACAGAACCCCGUCGAUCUCUACAGCUCUUCUACCAAUCUAUUACGCUCACUUGCAAAACUAUGGCUUCUUACUACAUCACCAACCCGAACGUUGGGAACAAGGAGUCUACCGAAGACUGGCGGAUUCGAGGCUACAACCCCCUCACACCUCCAGAUCUGCUCCAACACGAGAUCCCCCAGACUCCUGCCAGCAAAGCCACGGUCCUUUCAGGCCGAGCCGACUGUGUCUCCGUCGUCCAAGACACGGAUCCCCUGCGACGCCUCCUUGUGAUCAUCGGUCCCUGCAGCAUCCAUGACCCGACCUCAGCACUCGAGUACUGCGAUCGUUUACUGAAAAUGAAGGAGAAAUACAAAGACGAGUUAGUUAUUGUCAUGAGGUCCUACUUGGAAAAGCCCCGAACGACGGUGGGUUGGAAGGGACUGAUCAACGACCCGGAGAUCGACGGCAGUUUCCAGAUCAAUAAAGGACUGAGACUGUCGAGGCAGUUGUUUGUCGAUUUGACCUCGAGAGGGAUGCCGAUUGCCAGCGAGAUGCUGGAUACUAUUUCCCCUCAAUUUCUGGCAGAUCUUCUCUCGAUUGGAGCCGUGGGCGCCAGGACGACGGAGAGCCAGCUACACAGGGAACUGGCGUCCGGUCUGAGUUUCCCUGUGGGCUUCAAAAACGGCACGGACGGGACGCUCGGUGUAGCGAUCGAUGCGAUCGGUGCGGUGAAACAUCCCCACCAUUUCCUGUCCGUGACCAAACCCGGUGUCGUGGCGAUUGUCGGCACCGUGGGCAACGAGGACUGCUUUGUCAUCCUGAGGGGCGGCACCACGGGGACGAACUAUGACGCCGAGUCGAUAAAGCGUGCCAAGGAGAUGUUGCGGAAAAAGGGGCUGAGCGAGCGAGUCAUGGUGGACUGCAGUCACGGGAACAGCGAGAAACAGCACAAGAACCAGCCCAAGGUCGCAAAGGUGCUGGCAGACCAGAUCGCUUCGGGAGAGGAGGGGAUCAUGGGGGUCAUGGUCGAGAGCCACAUCAAUGAAGGAAACCAAAAAGUACCCUCGGAAGGCAAGUCUGGGCUGAAAUACGGCGUCUCCAUCACCGACGCGUGCAUAGGAUGGGAAGACACCGAGACCGUGCUGGAAACCCUGGCCGACGCCGUCAAAAGACGGCGACAGUUGCUGGGGGAGAAGGGGGUCAACGGCACGCAACAGAAUGGACAUGCUUGAGAGAGGGCACAGUACGAUCCCGACCGUCCGGAAGGGAGGAGGAGCCUGUGGCCAGACGUCCCCCAGAUUGCGAGGAAAUUACGGACACUGCAGAUGGACGAGGAACAGGGAGACGACGGCAGCAGCAGCAGCAGGAGGAGGCGACGUCCUCUCGGCGCGAGAACCUGUUCCGUACAGAACAGAACAUGGACACUCUGCCUGCCGCGAGACCCAUUGCGCCUUUUUUGGAUGCUUUUGGAAAAGCAAAGAGCACAGGGAACGGGGAGGAGUGGUUUCUUUCUAGGGAGUAGUACCACGCACGCAGGGAUGGGAGAUGCAUGACUACUCGGACGGACGAAUCUUAUGGGACGGAUUGCGAGACGGAACGCAUACUUAGAUACCACCGCCACUUGCUUCCUUGCUUGCUUGCUUUGGUAGAUUUCUUGUACAUGGAAACGACUGGGGAACGAAAGGGGGGAAAAGUCUGUGCAAUAUUCUUUCUUAGUGCGUUCAUCCUGGCGAACAGCGGUGCAUUAGUAGGGCCAAUGGAAAAGGGAUAUAGGAACAAUCGCAAUCUUCUGCUUCUUUAUUGAGAAGGAGAGGGUGGAUCAAUCCGUCAAUCGACC